UAACACUUGGUAGAUCUACUUGGUAGACUGACCAAGGCAGCCUAGCGCCUACAUAAUCAUUGUAGCUACACUGAGUGAAGCAUUGGUACGAGUACGCUAGCGAUUUCAGAGAGGAGGGAGGUUAUCGGUGCAGCUACAGGUCAGUAGUGACUGUUAGUGUUAGCGUUUGUAGGAGUGAUCACAACGCCAGUAGAAGCCGUUGGCAUCGGAGGAGCUGUAGUCUGGGCUGCAACAUCGUAGACUCUACGUACAGAUAUAAUGCUGUGACUGCUUUUUAAGCUCCCCAGCGAUGCCGACACUGAGUCAACAUGUCUGCCAUUGCAAUGAAAGUACAUCGGCCCUGUCAACUAGGCCUACGGCAGGCGUUACCCAGUUGCAAUACAACACCUUGUCCGUCCGUCACACAGUACCAUAGCGUGGCGUGUAGUGGUGUUAAACAGCGCUUGCCCACUCGCCCAUUGAGUUCCGUUUCUGGGAAAUGCUGCAGCAGUGUACUAUGGGAAAGAACAGCAGCCAGUAGUGCCAACACGGCCACACAGCCUAAGCUGAUAACAUCGUCAAGUUUUGACGCCAAUGAGAGAAUGAUCAGCGUCCAGUUGGGUGAGUCACCCAGCAGCACAGUCUACACAUACCCGGGUAUUUACCUGCGUGAUAACUGCACAUGUCCAACUUGUCUACACACCAGUGGUAUACGGGCCAGGGAAAUGGUCAUGUGGGAACCGAGUGUCAUUGACAAGAUGACCAGCAUCAAGAAUGUUCAAAGCAUUGAUGAUGAUAAUGCUGUGCAAGUCGAGUGGGGCGAUGAUCAUGUCAGCAUCUUCUCGGCCGAGUGGCUUCUCUCUCAUCGCUUGUCUUCGGAGGCUGAGAAACAGUCUCAGGGAAACCGCUUUACCCUGCCGGAACGCAAGCAUUGGGAGGCCGACAGGUUUCCGAGUGACACAAGUUUCACACAUUCAUCGCUUCUUAAGGAUCAGAAGAGACUGCUGGAGUUUCUUCGGGGUUUCUAUAGCCAUGGUGUGGCUAUCGUACGAGAGAGCGGAACUCACAAAGGCCCACUCGAGGAGCUUGCCAACAGGAUUGGGUUUCUGAGACAAACGGUGUAUGGCAGCACGUCAUGGCUGGCCCGUGUUCAACCCAACGCUAACACUAUGACCUACGCAUCGCUGGAGCUGCCCAUGCAUGUUGACAUGCCAUAUCUCAGCACACCGCCUGGGAUUGUAAUGCUGCAUUGCAUGAGUCAGGCACCCGAUGGCGGCUUCACCUACUGCACGGACGGCUUCAGGAUAGCUCACAAGUUGCGGCGGGACGAACCAGAGACAUUCCGAGUGCUGUGCGAAGUGCCGGUGACGUGGUCAGCGAAUGGUACUGACCUCGAGUCGGGCAUGGACUAUUGUUUGGAGGGUGACCAACCUGUCAUCGAGCUAGAUCGACGUGGUAACUUGAAGGCUGUGCGACUGAAUCAAGUGCGCAGUAGUUGGCUGCAUUUGGAUGCCAGCCGAGUGCCCACAUUCUAUGCGGCCAUGCAGACAAUAUCGCGUAUGGCGUGCGACGCACGUUACAGACGGCCAGUGCGACUCGAGCCUGGCGAGAUGCUGUUCCUUGAUAACCACCGCUUGUUCCACGGCCGCUCAGAGCUGGAUGCUGUCGGUGCUGCGGAGCGGUGUCUUCACGGUGGAUACAUGGACUGGGAUGUGAUCAUCUCACGAAUGCGGCAAAUUCACCAUGCCCAAGGCACGUGAUGGCCGCGUGCUGACAGCUGCUGCAGGGUUGUGUUGCAUUCGCCGGCCGCAUUGCCGGCCGCAUUGUCGAUUGUCCUUGUUCAUGUCUAUGCGAUCAUACAGCCAUGCAGUGUUGCUAUGCUCCGUGGCCACUUACAGUCGUCAUAGUGCCGUAUCAGCCAUACCCACGCACUGGUGCCUGAUGUCGGGUUGUAAGGCAUUGCGUUUGUUUUGCUGUCUUCCAGUCAUGUACAUACCCGGCAAUCUUCCGUGCCGUAUAUUUUCUAUCGCAAGUGCACUCCAGUGCCGUGUACAGUGUCUGCUCUAGGAUUUCCAACCAACUGGGUACACCGUGCACAUGGUACACCUCUUGCAACCGGGUCAGAGCCCGGUACGUUCAAGUGCGCCUACUGCAGCAUGUACAGGGAGUCGUAAACACUUUACGACUCUCUGAUGUACUUGAGUAUGAACAAUGCUUACUGGCCUGGACCUGGGCACUCUAUCCGCGCGUUGGCGUCUGCACACGCCUGCAGCCUGACAUGUAUACUCCCAACCGGGUGUUCUUUUUUUCCGGCACGCGGGUCCAAGCACCCCAACCGGGUGGCUGACCCGGCUGACCCACCCCUGGAGCAGACACUGGUAUAGAAUCAUACAGUACCGUGUGCUUCUCGUAUUUUAGCAUAAUCCUUUGCGUCCUCAUUUCUUUUAUGACACUAUACUGAAAUAUCUACAUGUACUUUGAAGUAGUUGUAUUUGAUUCUCAGUGGCAUAUACACGCAUGUUGCAAAAUACGAAGUGGUAGUGGAAGUGAGUGAUGUGGUAAUACUAGAAUACAUGAUUAAAGAACAUGUUAUUAGCUGACUUGAAGGCAGAUUAGAUCCUCCACAAGAUCAAUGUACAGUGUGUAUACAUGUACCCCGGUCUGCUUAUCAGGUAUACCAUGUACCAGCAUAACCUCUAACCAUCAUCGCUGACAUGUAACAGUCACUAUUA